GCGAUUCUUUCCUAAGAUAUCUUCUUCCUGCGUCGUUCUUCCUCCUGCUCCAUUGUUCACUCCUUGUGCGUAGGUAUUGAUCGGAAUUCAUCGUGGUAGAGAAUUGUUUGAUCGGAAUAACCGUUCCUCAACGAUUCUUUCCAAACACAUCUUCCUCCUCCGUUGUUCUUCUUCUGCGUCCUUCUCUUUGACCUGCAUCGUUCUUGCUGUUGCGUUCUUGUUCUCUCCUUGUUCGCAAUUCAUCCUAACAAAUAACGUAUUCAUCGGAUUUCCGCUCCAACCUAACGUUCUUCCAUGGAGUCCAGUUCAGGUGACGUUAACUUCAGUGCCUCUGCAGCAAUUUCUCAAUCCUUUGAUGUUAAUACUAUGUACUGCACACCUGAAUUGACCCCGCUUUCAAACCGCAUGUUGGUAUAACAUGGUUUUUGCCCCUUUCACUGGCGUCGAUAAUCACAAAAAGUGCAUUACUUUUGGUGUGGGUUUGUUGUUGAAAGAGGAUGUGGAAUCUUAUGCCCAGCUUUUUCGUUGUUUUCUAAAUGCAAUGGAUCGGGAACCAAAGUGCAUCGUAAAAGAUCAAGACUCAUCCAUGAAAAUUUCCAUUCCACUGGUAUUUAGUACAACAUGUCACAGAUUUUGUAUGUGGCAUAUUAUGUCCAAGGUGAGUUCGAAAGUUGGACCGGUGUUGAGUAAAGAUUCUAAUUUUAUGAAAGAAUUGACUUCUAUUGUGUGGAGUCAUUACUUAGAGCCAGAUGAAUUUGAGAUGAGAUGGACUAAUUUGAUGAAAGAAUAUGACUUACUUCUUCAUAAUUGGUUCUCGCAGAUGUUUGAGAUUAGGAGGUUGUGGAUUCCUGCUUAUUUUGGUGACAUUUUCAUGGCGGGUUUGCUUAGGACUACAUCACGUUCUGAGAGUGAAAAUAUUUUUUUUAAUGAAUUCACAAAUUCUAAUUUCAGUUUGGUUGAGUUUUAUAUGCAGUUUGAGAGUGCACUGGAUUCGCAAAGACAUAAGAGUGCACAAUAGACCAAAGUUUCUGAGUCCUCCAUUCCUGAGUACAAGACUCCGUUACAUAUUGAGAGAUAUGCUUCCUCUGUUUAUAAUCAUUCAAUUUUUUAUCUCGUUCAGAAGGAAAUAUGUUGUGCCUGCUUUUCUUGUGUUGUUCUUAGUCUUGAACAUGAAGGUUGCGUGUUUAAGUAUAUCAUAUCAGAUGAACGAGGUUUUAAUUUCACUGUUGUGCACAAUACUAG